AUGGUCAUGGACGGCCCCGCCUUUUUCGUCGCCCCUCAGAUUCAGGCCUUCGGCCUGCCAAGCAAUAUACGGCGGUAUUCCCGCGGGUCUCUCUCCCAUUCAGCUCGACCCAAUGGUAUCGAGAAAUCUCGAAGCAUCCAAAGCAGUCCGAGAGUCCUUGACAAGCGACGGACGACCGUAUCGUCAAAGCAGUAUGGAGGACUCGAAGAACAUUACCGGUUCAUAUUUGGUGAUGACCAGGGCGCCAUCACCCUCCACCCGGCGCCUCGACCAGCUUCGUCGAGACCAUUGAGCUGGCAUCCAACUACGAACCUGGGUCAUACGCCCAUGCAAGAAAGACCAUCUGCCCCUGGAGUUUAUCGGCAACAACAGGAAUUUGCGGACCAAACCGCUGCGGACUAUGCUGUAGGAGUCCCCAACAUCGCAAGCCUCACGAAUGAGAACCUGGGGCUCCUCCAACGCCAAGGUCCGGCGGGAUCUGCCAGAGAUAUCGACACCUGGCGCCAAUCGUGUGUUCCCUCUGAACCACUCCCUUAUCAUGGUCUCCGUCGGCACCCACAUUCGGCGGUCGAGACCUCUUCAUACCGCUCUCGCACUUGGAACCAUCCGUCCUCUAAAAGGGAACCUUUCACCCACCCCCGCUCCCACCCUCGUAUCGACUGUCUACCCAUUCAACACUUGCAUUCCGAAGCGCACAUAUCACCUCAUGACAGAGUCGAACAGAAAAAUCAACAGGACCGUACCUCCUCACCUCAUCCGUCAUUAUCACGCAAGCCUUCCGAUGAACUCAUUGGCAUGGGCCUGUACGACGCACCCAAUGCCGUGGCUUCCUUAUUCUCCGACCUGCACUCCAUCACGGGCAAAGGCCUCAAGCUCGCCGAAACAUUCGAGCCCGCCCCCUCGAGCGACGGCGACGAUUCGGAGAUGGCCGAUGCGGACGCCGACGAUAACCCUGCGGACGUCGAGAACGAUGCGACCGGUUCCACUGCCUCCGACUCUAGCGUGGCCGAACUCGAGCAGAAAGCCACACUGACACCAGACGAUGCGCCCUGGAUGUCGCAAAUGUCGAUGGCGACCAUGGCUCAGGCGAACACUAUGGCUAGAAUAGGGGGUGGAGUGUCCAGAAUGCAGAAGCCCCAGGAGACGGCACUGGAUCCUGCACUGCAGCACUUGGUGGCCGGCGAGAUUCCAACGAAUAUGUCUGGGCAGUCGUUUUUCUUUGACGAGGAAGACGUGGUGGUGACGGGCGAUGGCGGGAAAGUCGGGGUGGUGGGAGGGGAGUGGUGGGAGAGGGAUUUGAGAGGUUGGCAGCCUGAAGGGCGCCAGCGCGGGGGAGAUGUAAUCGAUGUGCGUCGAUAUGGGCAUUGGGCUUGA